CAUUUAAAUUACGUAUUACCCCCGCCAGAAAACCCCCAAAUAAAAGCCCGAAAAAUCACAGACAUCAUGGAAGCAGCAGCGAACAAAUCACCGAAGCACAGAGGGGGACACACAGGGGCACAGGGGCAAUGGAGCCUCUUCUCUCGCUCCAGCAGCAGCAACCUCUCCACGUACCUCGGCCUGCUGAUGAUCGUGUUCGGAGCACUCUCGAUGCUGCUCGCAGGGAACUGUGUCAAUGGGCAAAUCGAUGGCUACACUGCGGGCGAGGAUUAUCCUGCGUACGACGCGGUGCCCAAGGGUUUGGCCUUCAAUUGCCAGGGACGGCAGCCAGGCUACUAUGCGGACACAGAGACGCGUUGUCAGGUCUGGCAUUGGUGCCUCCACUCUGGCCAUCAGUACUCCUUCCUCUGCCCCAAUGGCACUGUCUUCAAUCAGGCUGUUCGUGUGUGCGAUUGGUGGUCGAAUGUCAACUGCGCCAGCUCCGAGCAGCUCUACCAGAACAACGACGAACUCUAUCGCAUUCCAGAGCGCAAUCAGCAGCAGCAGCAGAACGAUGUAUGAUAUGAGGCCGAUGAUGAGUAUAAGAUUGGGACAGCAAAUGGAACCAGAGAGCGAGGCGGCAGACAGCGGCACUUUCAGCAAGCACAAAGCAAUGGCAGCACUAGCAGCAGCAGCAGCAGACACAAUAAUAGAAUCCUAGAUAGCAGCGACUAUAAUAAAAUGACCAAAAAUAGUUUUAGAGGUAGCAGCAGAUACAGUACCAAUCCUCAAUCAAUAUACUCAUCAUCACAGCAGCAGCAGAAGCAGAAGCAACAGCAACAUAAUUGUAGUAAAAAUAAUAGCGAUAGAAAAUCAAAGCCUAGCAGUAGCAGCAAUAAGCAGAAAAAUAGAAUUAGCCAACAAAGUAGAGUAGAGAGCCACCAAACUAGAUCUAGGAAUCGCACACAACACAACAACAGCAACAGCAACAACAAUCAGCGAAGAAAAAACAACAGCAGCAACCAGAAAAAGAAGAACAACAGCAGCGGCAGCAGCAGCAGCAACAACAGCAAUCCACGUGGCAUGCAACGCUACAGCGCAAAUCAGUUUGAAAACGAUGCCGAGCUCAAGGAUUACAAGAGUAAAAUUAAGAACAAAUACAACAUCGACUAUGAUCAUUCUUUGGAUGAAGAAUAUGAAAUAAUCGAAGCCAUUGAAUGAAUGGGCGGCUGCUGUUCUCAUUGUUUAAUCCAUCAAAUUAAACAAUCAAUGAAACCAAAAUUGGCGCCAACUUUGUGACCUCUGCUUUGGACUCUGUUCAAAUGUAUCCCAAAAUUAUCUUUUGUACAUAUAUAAAACACACAUCCCUAUCAUUGUUAAAUACAAAUCACAUUUCAU